ACGGCGGAAGCGGCGGCGGAAGGGGCGGCGGAAGGGGCGGGCGCGCUGAUCCGCGGCGGAAAAGGCGCUGCUGCACUUCCCUGCCGUACCCCGGGAGAAGCCUGCAGUGCUCGGCAGCCCCGCCAUGGAGGAGAGCAGCGGCAUCCGCCUCUCGGCCGAGUGCCUGGACGAGCCGCCCAACAGCCGCGUCUUCGUGGUACUGGGCAAGGACACCGGCGAGGCGCUGAUCCGGGAGCGCUUCUCGCCCUUCGGGGACAUCCAGAACAUCUGGCUCCUGCGGGACAGGCGAACCAAUGAGUCCCGCGGUAUCGCCUUCAUCAAGUUCGCCCGCAGCUCGCAGGCCUGCCGGGCCAUGGAGGAGAUGCACGGCCGCAGCCUGCUCCCCGACAGCAAGCCCAUCAAGGUAUUCAUUGCACAAUCAAGAGCUUCUGGAAGCCACCGAGAUCUUGAAGAUGAGGAGCUUACAAGAAUCUUUGUUAUGAUACCAAAAACCUACACGGAGGAGGAUUUGCGGGAGAAGUUUAAGAUGUAUGGAGACAUUGAAUACUGCAGUAUUAUUAAAAACAAGACUACUGGAGAAAGUAAAGGUUUGGGCUAUGUCAGGUACCUGAAACCAUCGCAAGCUGCCCGAGCAAUUGAAGAGUGUGAUCGAAGCUACAGGGCCAUUUUGGCUGAACCUAAAAAUAAGUCAUCUGAGACUUUUGAACACGAUUAUUACAGUAAUACCAUGAGGCCAGAACUAAGAGGAAAUACGCUUCCAUUUUGUAUGCAGCCAGAAUUUUGUAGCUUUGAAAAAGCUGAGACCCGGAUUCAAGAACCAGUCUCCAAGCGCCUGUCGGUGGUAUCUCGGCUCCCCUUUAUUCAAGAGCAGCUGUUCGCCCUCUUCGAUUUAGUUCCAGGUCUGGAGUAUUGUGAUGUUCAGAGAGACCCUCAUACCAACAGUGGGUAUGCUGUGAUUCAGUACAGCACUGCUGCCUCAGCAAUAUAUGCCAAGUACAAACUACAUGGGUUUGAGUAUCCUCCUGGAAAUCGACUAACUGUCAUUUUCUUAGAAGAUGGGAAUGAUAGCUCAGACCUUAUCAGGAAAAUGGCAACACAGCUGGUGACAGCGCAGGUGUCGUCAGCGCUGCGCAGUAAUAGCGCAAUGGUUCAGCAGUACAGGACGCCUCCUCAAGCAUUUGGAGGAACUUCUGGCCCACAGUUGCUGCAGCCCCAAACAGAUGCCAUACUUCCACCACCCAAAAAAAAGGUUCCACCUGACACUUCUGUGAAGGAAAGGCUUUUCAUACUUUUUCAUCCCCAUCCUUUACCUGUAAAUGUACUGGAGGAUGUGUUCUGUCGUUUUGGACAAUUGAUAAGUGUUUAUCUUGUGGCUGGAAAAAAUGUGGGCUAUGCAAAAUUUGCAGACAGAGCAAGUGCCAGCGAGGCCAUAACUGCAUUACAUGGCAAGAUUGUGAAUGGUGUGAGGCUGAAAGUGAGGUUGGCAGACUCGCCCUCGGAGGAGCCCAACAAGCGCCAGAGAACUUACUGAGCAGAAACUAAGUAAUGACAUGACCCUCAGCUAGCUGACUGACUGACUGAAACGUGACUAGACAUGGUUCCUGUGGACAGUGACAGCUUUUUUCAGUGACAACUUUUUUGUUAAUUGUUACUUAGUUGAUCUCUCUAUGAUCCUUUUUCUUUCUGAAUAUGCAGACAUGCAGUUUUGAAAAUGAUGUAGGCAUUAAAAACUGUAAACUGGUGGUUGUUCUUGUAAUAGUAUAUAACCUUGUAUUACAGAAAUAACUCUUGUUUUUACCUGAAUCCUUCCUAUAAGAUGGAAAUUACAAUGAUGGAGGAAAUAAAGGAGCCAGCAUUUUCUUACUUGAGUGGUUGAUUGAUAAUGAUUCAGAUUCUGUUAAAAUAGAAGACAGCUCUCAUGAUCCAAAUUGCAUUGAAAAGUGAAGUACAGCAUUUAAUUCAAAGAAAAUGAAGCAGUUUUAACAACGCUAGCAGACAUGACAGUAUUAAUCUAGAUUUAAGAAAAUAAAGUACAUUCUUAAAUAUUUUGUUGCUUUGGGCCACAAUUAUUAGUUCUGCUGUUUAGUGAAAGGAACUCUGUCAGACUACCAAAGCUUCUUAUAUUUAUGCUUUCUUAUCCUGAGGUCUUUUGGCUAUAACUGCAGGGAAACUGUAGAGUCUAGGGCUGUGGGUUUGUUUUUGUUAGUUUUGAGGGAUUGGGGUGUUUUGUUUGUUGUUUUCUUUUUUUUUCCAGAAGCUUUCAAUGCAUAUGUUCAAGUAAGAGUUGGACAAGCCAAGUUUUCAGCAGGAUGAAGACAAUUUUAGCACUGAUGGAGAGUAAAUGAAGAUAGUUCAAAUAAGUAUGUGCAUAGAUAAUUUUCAAAUGCCAUUACUUGUCCAUGUAUUCCUGUAUACUACUUGUUGAAUUGGAAAUAUCCUGGUUAUUAAAAUAUGAUAUACAGAUAAAA